AUCACGUCGGUGGGUGUCACGUCUCUACUUGUCAUUAUUUUUGUUGUCGCACAUUUUUUUCUCUCUUGAAUGUUAAUAAAUGAAGCAGUGCCCGUCAAUAUCCAGCUCCAGCUCUUGAGUGGUCUCAUUAAGGUCCAAGAUGUCUUACGGUUACGUCCCCCAGUACGUAACGGAGGAGCCGGAGUCCGAGAGCGAGUGUCCCUCUGACGACCAAAUCAUGCAACACGUUACAUCCGACGUUACCGAACUGUACCGGAGGAAACAUCAAACCGUAAACCAUCACCGGAACUCUGCCGGAACAUAUUAUCACACGCACGUGCCCAACUGUUACGAACAACAAACCCGAAUCCCGGCGACUUGUGCGUGCAACCUGCCGCCGCUUGAUCCCAGAUACUGCUAUUAUAAAGCGGUUCCUCAAGCCCAGGAAGGGAUAUUCAGAAGUUCUACAACUGUCUCACCGAAUUUGCGGACUUGUCAGGACACGAAAGCCGCCUCAACGGCCACGUUCAAGAAAUACCCGGUCACGGCAAGGACACCAAGAUAUUAUCGCGGCGUCGGCAGCCAAGUGUGUAAACGUCCUUCAGCCCUUUGUCUUCCGGUAACGUGUCAGCCCGAUCCUGCAGCAGCGUGCCAUCGUCCUCGAAAAGCGGCUCCAACGCCCACAGAAAUUCAGCAUUAUCGCGGUCAAGAAGCUGCCUACGCAAUUAACGACUACGUCAUGAGAACGACGGCGGUCAAGAGAACAGACACCCGUCCUGUCGAUUCCGAAGGAGACGUUCAUUCCAGAUUGAACGACCUGGAAAAUUUCCUCACCAGAUUCGACGACCAGGCCGAAGACGACGGCGACGUCGAGAUCGCCGGCGUCAGCGAAAUAUCGAAGAUUUUGAAGCCGAAGGUCCCGGCAUCGGUCAAGGCCAAACACCAGGACAAAAUUAUCAAACUAAGGGCUGUUAAAACGAACGUAACUGAAACAAUCACAACCCCCGAGAAAGUAAGUAAAUUAGAAGUAACGGAAGCGCCCGAAGAACCCCUAAACGUACUGUUACAAAAACUGAAUAAAGACAGUCCUAAGCCGAAAGAAGCGAAAAGCGAGAACGAAGUGAAACGCGAGUCGAAGUUUAAAACGGUAAUGGGGAAAAAUCGGCAGUUUUGCAUCGAACAGAAACCGCCACUGGACGAUAACUCGGCCCUGGAGUUGCACAAAUCGAAGAGUUACAUCGUGAGUCUGAUUGACAAAGCUUUGAGUCGGGAGCUGGGCACUGUUCCUGGCGACAAGUGUACGAGAAAAGAGUUUAUGACAAUGAAUCCGAAGAAGGCGAUCGAUUUGGUCAAUCGACACAGGUCCGCGAGUCAAGGUGCAGAAAAAUCGAUCAAUCUCGACGUCACACAGGCGAGUUCUUCCAAGAAGGACGAUCAGUGUGUUUGCAAAAACGAGGAGCCGUUGUACUUGAAGCAACUGAAACAACUCCGCUGGAGUCACCUGAGACACAUUCAGCGCGAAGCCAAACGUCUCGCCGACCUGGAACGCUUCCUCGACUCGUUCAGCGAAGGGGAGAGUCCGCCGUAAAAGUUUGAUAUAAUUUUUAUUUACAAAAUUUAUACAAUAAACAGCAGUCGUGUAAAAAAUC